AUUCGACGCGCCGCCGAGAAUAUCGAGUUUAGUCGGCAUAAUUGGGCCUGCUAAUUUCAUUAGCCCUGUCGGGGCAGAACAGUUCAACAGUUGGACGUUAAACCCCAUUUCCUUUCUAAAAUUGAAAAUGCACGGAGUACCCCGUCACGUGACUUGCCGAUUGGGGGAAAAAACAAGAAGCUUUCAUUCAAACGUCUUGGGGAAAAAAACCACACCCAGACGUCAUUCUGGAAAGGCCACUGCAUUGUUAAUAAAUAUCCAUUGUACAUGAGCUAUAUUUAGAAUGGGAUUUCCAAAAACAAAAUCACUUGAUUAGUUGAUAAGAAAAGUCAACACAAGAGAAAUGGCAUCUAAUGAUCCAGUCUCUGAAAAUAUUACAGCAUGGGAAUGUCAAAAAUGUACAUACUUGAAUAGCAAAUGGCCAGAAUAUUGUGAACUCUGUUGGACAAAAAAUAAAUAUUCACAUAAAAAAACACCUGUAGAUGAAAAAGGAGACUUUGACACUUUACCAGAUAAAGAAUCGAUAAGGCUAGUUAUAUUGGGAAAGACUGGUAAUGGAAAAAGUUCAGUAAGCAAUUCUGUUACUGAAUCUCAAGAUUUCAAAUCUGAACUCAGCCUCGAGUCCAUAACUAAAGAAUGUCAAUAUGAAGUAGCAGAAUGUUAUGGUGAUAUUAGGCUGGAAAUCGUUGAUACCCCUGGUUUAUUUGACACUGGGACACCACUAGAGGAAUCUAUUAAAGAAAUUACCAAAUGUAUCGGAUUGUCGGCACCAGGUCCUCAUGCGUUUGUCCUGGUUUUGGACAUCAACCGUUUUACAAAAGAAGAAGAACAAACCGUGGAUGCAUUGAGCCAGCUUUUCGGUGAUAAAUUCUUUUAUUAUGUAGUGGUUUUAUUCACCGGGAAAGAUGCCUUAAUAAGAGAUGGAAAAUCGUUGGAAGACUUCAUCACCAAGGUUCCAGAUUAUCUGCGUAAACUCCUGGUUAAAUGUAAAAACCGAUUUACAGCCAUUGAUAAUACUGGAACUCAAGAGAAACGACAAGCAGGUGUACACGAACUUCUUACUGUAAUUCAAAACAUGAAGGAGGAAAAUGAGCCAGAAUAUUAUACCAAUAAAUUAUUUAAGGAAGCUGAAAAAAUCCUCUUAAGUCGUGAAAGAGAGUUUGCUUUAGAACUAAAAACAAAAGAAGUUGAUCAGAUGAAUUUACCAAAGAAAAGAUGCGAUCAGUUUGGAGCUACCAGACAAGAUCAAGAAGCAGCCCAUACAGAAAUAAUGACGAGAAAAAAAAGAAGGGAGAUAGGAGGGUUAAGACACAAUUUAAAGAAGGAGAUAGUUGGUGGAGCUGAGUGGUUUGUUACAAAUUACAGACCAGUUCUAGAGAUAGUAUCAGAAUCCCUCAAACUGAUAGAUAUGGGCAUCAAAAUCUAUCAAGGGCGAUGGUAAAAUGAAAUACUUGUUUGUUUGACCCUCUGAAUUAUUCUAUUAUGGGUUACAUAUAAUAUUAUGCUUCUGUUGAUAUCGCAGUAUAAAAUGUAUAUUCAGCUUGAAUAUGUUCGUUAGGAAACCUAACGGCUGUUCAUAUAUAUGAAUAUUAAACAUACAUUAUGCAAGAGCUAAAUCUGCCUAUUGCAGGUCUUUCUUUAAGCCUGAAAUGUUAUCUAAAUUAUUAAUUAGACAUUAAUUAACUGAUCCAGACCACAAUCAACUCUCGAUGUCAUCGCUAGCCUGCGAUAUUUACUGGAUUAGGAUUCGAUCUGAUGCUCUACGCUCAUUCAUGAUUAAAUCAAGAAAUGGAUAAUCGAGACUAUGUAUUUUAUCGUACCGACUUUAGUAAUGAUGAUUGAGACUAGGCCCAAAAUUCAAUCGCUAAAUUCUCGAUUCAGAGUGGAUCAUUUGAUUGAAAUUUUCAGCAAAUUCCCUUUACAUUAUCUAGUUUUUAACUAUUAUUGCGAGAACUGUCAGUCCAUUAUCUAAUCUCCCAUAAUGUAUCUUUAAAAUAAAUAAUAACCAGUUUUUGCAAAAAGAAAUUUAAUGUUUCUAUUUAUUUUCUUUCUUUUUUUUUGGAAAUUAAGAUGAUCUUGUUAACUAGUAUAUAAUUAAAGAAUAAAUGUUGAAGAGAUUGGCACUUGAUUGACAU